AUGCCAAAUGCUGAAUUAACAGAAAAUAAUACCCUCAUCCCAAACCAUCUACCCACACAUCAGAACAACCUGUCCAAUGACAUACCAACAGCCUCAAUACGCUUAGAAACCAUAUCACGAGCCCAAGAACAAAGCGUGCCAUACACGAUCUUUAAGUUUGCUGCUACAGAUCUCAAGACACCCACCACACCCCCGGAGGCCAACUCACAACCCAAACCCCGAAUCCUGGCUAAACGAAAUAAAGCCCAGACUCUAGCACUUCAGAAGCAGAAAAGAGCAGUCAGCACGCGUAGCAUAAUCAACAAGAACCAUGCGAACUUGAUCGAAGGUGUUUUCAUCUACAACAAGGACAAAGCAACGACCCUAGCGGCCAGUCAACAGGAACGUGCUACCCUGGAGGCCAUAAUUGCAAACUUGACUGACAAGUUUGAAGAAUUGGCAGCUAACUACCAAUCCAAGCUGGAAAAGCUUGACGGGCUAAUGGCUUUGCAAGCCGCUGGAGCUGCCAGAGCAGCCUUUGAGUCAACUGGUAAGGGCUCACUGAUGGCAUCAAAGCAUGCCCCAAAAGCCUUGACGGUUGACAGCAACAGCAACAUCUGCAUCCGAUGUGCUAACUGCAGCACCACCACCACCACCAACAGCAACAAAAACAACAACAGUAACAACAACAGUAACAACAACAAUACCAACAAAAAGAGCAACACACAAAACAAGACAGGCAGCAACGCAGUAGCUGGCCAAAUGUCAUAUGCCACACAAGCAAAGAAGGGCAUAGAUGCUAAGCAGGCCAAGCAGAAAGUCCAAGUCCGCAGAGUCCAGGGACAACGACUCCUCCAAAAACCCACUGGCCCAUCUGAGUACAAAUUUGUCUACCUCCCAGCCAAAAGAUACGUUAAGUACCAGGAAAUGCGAAAGAUCCUCAGUUCCUUCAAGAUCUCCACUUCCCACAUCCUUGACAUCCAAUUCCCAGGCAGAGGGACAGUGACCCUCCUCAUAAAUGGGGAGUUCCGUGAAGAACUCAUUGCACUGCUUGGAAAAGCCAAGGUUGUCCCACUGGGGAACUUUGACCCAACCGCAGCAGACGUGAUCGCAGAUACCAAGUUGAAGGAAAAGACCAUCAAGGUUAGAGCAAAAAAAGCCCAGGACCUAUUCGAUGCACGCCUGGUCAAGGCAAGUCUCCGCAUGGCAACAUACCUUGGUCACAGUGUCAUCUGCCAUUUCUCGUCCAAAAAGGCUGUGGUAAAGAUCUCGCAGACUGCAGUCUCUGACUACCUGGAGGGCCGAAAAACCACCAGCACCACUGCCUUUGUAGCCCCAACCAACGACAUGGACGGCAUAGAAUCCACCAAAACGCCAAUCACCACAACCCAUGAAUAG